AUGUCUGAUUACAAAAGUCACGUUUGGAAUCAAGUUGCGCAACAGCUGUCGUUUUCAGGUCCUGGUGUGGAGCUGGAGCGUAAAUGGCGUCAUAUGCGUGACCGCUAUGUUCGACUUCGAAAGAUAGACAAAACCAGUACUCCACUCAAGAAAGGGGACAAAUGGUACUACUACUAUAAGAAAAUGUCAUUUUUGGAUCCUUAUAUCGAACACAGAAAUAGAAGGAAGAGAGGUGAUCUUAUGGCGAGUUUGAUGAAGCUCGGAGGGAAUGCAGAAGGUUUGUAUGAUCAUCAAAUCACCGAAAGGAAUGAUGAAGAGGAAGGAAGCGAUUCUGCCGAAGGAGAGAUUGAGGAUAGAUGCGAUCCAUUGAAAGAAUUCUACGCAACAUUUGCGGAGCAGAGCAUGGCCAUGCCGCUGCCGGUUGAUGUUGAGGUAAUUUUGGUAAAUGACGACUAUUGAUU